GUUACGAGUGACUAAAAUUUUGUAGUGACUUCUUGUAGUUACGAAUGACUAAAAUUAAAAACACUAUAAAAAAAUCAACCAAAAACCACAAAAAAUUUAGAAAAUUUAACACAUUCGUUAAACAAAAGGGUGGGACGAAAACCGUUUAUUCGAUGAAGACGCGCCACGCUUUUCUUUCACGAAUGUGUUAGAUUUUUUCAAUUUUUGUUUUAUUUUUAGUUGAUUUUUUUUAUAUUAUUUUUAAUUCUAGUCACUCGUAACUAAAGAAAAGCGUUUCUUAAAAGUUUUGUUUCAUAUUUUUAAUUUUUUUAUAAGAUAUCUUGAUUUAGCUAUAAGUUUUUUAAAGUUGAAUAAGUUAAAGUUUAUAAAAGGCAUGUUUACAAGAUGAAAAUGCUUGCUGAGUUAAAAUUAAUUGAAUAUUUUAUGGAUUUUAGUGACGCCCAAAGAUGCUGGAAGAGCCGUACUUUUCUCAAAUAUUUUCGGCAGUUGAAAUUUUAGGGGAAGGGUACUUUGGUACUGUGUACAAGGCUCAACACAUAUCUGACAACAAGAACUACGCCAUAAAAAAAUUGAAAGCAGAUAAAAUUUCUGAAUCCGAAAAAUUCAAAGAAAUAAGAAAUUUCGAACAAGUGGGGUACCACCCCCACAUUGUAAAUUACAUCAUGGGAUGGGAACAGGAAGCUGACAUAUACCUCAUGAUGCAGUUAUCCCACAAGAGUCUGGUAAACUACGUUAAAAUCACCAAUGAUGUUCCAGAAUUCGUCUUUUGGGACUGCAUCCGUGAUGUAUGUCUCGCUUCUAUCUACCUGGCAGAAAGACGUUUGGUCCAUUACGAUAUCAAGGAUGAUAACAUCCUAAUAUACGGAAAAAACCUGGUACAAAGAAGUGGCUGAUUUCGGCACAAUAGUUGAGAUAAGAGAGGUAAGUCAAAACAAUUUAUUUUUACAUCCUUUACAGUGGCGGAUCCAGAAAUUUUUUUGGGGGUCAUGGAUCUUGAGGGUGAUUUAAUUACUUUUCUCUGAUGCAAGGUCGCUUAGUCUUACCACCCCUAGGAUAAGUGGGAUUUCAAUUAUUUUUUGGAUUUUUUGGAUGGGCCUAAUUUUUUUGUUUGACAGCUCUACGUUUUUUAGGAUUAUUGAAUUGAUACUUAUUUUCGUUUGGGGGGGGGGGUCA